AUGUCACAUAAUACAGCUUCAGCAGGUAUCGCAGCGAGUGUGGCACCAGAGGAUGGUCUGAAGGUCCCUGUGGCCGAGACGAACGUCGUCGAGACUCAAAUUGACUACGAUGCGACGAAGGAGAUAGACGAGGAAUACCUUAACAAACCUAGAUACAUCAGGUUUUAUCGGGGUGUUCUUUGUCAGAUGCUUCUUUUCGGAGCCGUCUCAUUCGUCGGUCCAGCAUUGGCAGAUGCGAUGAGUAAUCUCGGUGGAAAUGGUCUGAGUGAUCCGAACCUUGCGAAUCUCGCUCAAGCUCUAAAUUACGCCGGUACCGCUCUGAUGACUUUCUUCGGUGGUCCUCUGGUCAACAAGCUCGGUGUCAGAUGGGCAUGCUUGAUCAACGCUGUCUGCUUUCCUCUAACUGGAUCAGCUUCAUACGUAGUCGCGAAAGGAGGUCCAGGGUGGUACCUAGUCUUCGCAAAGAUCGUCACAGGGUUAACCAACGGAUUCGUCUACGUCUCAGAGGGAGCAGCAAUGUUAACUUAUCCAAGAUUACAUGAACGAGGAAAAUAUCUCAGUAUUUGGUCCGGUAUGCGAAAUUCAGGAAGUAUCCUGGGUGGAAUCGUCGCGCUGGUCACCAAUUACAAAACGGCCGGAGCGGGCGGGGUCGCAUGGAGCACAUACAUAGUAUUCAUGACUCUCGAAUCGACAGGAUGGAUUUGGGCUUUACUUCUCACUCCAUCCGAAAGAGUAAGGAGGAACGAUGGUACUCGUGUACCUAUCUCUCGUAAGAUCACUUGGGCAGAGGAGCUGAGGGCUCUGAUCAAACAUCUCAGCAACAGACGUUUAUGGUUAAUCGCUGCACCUGCUUUCUAUUCUUUCUUCUUCCUUGCGCCUUUCGGUACAUACCUCACUGUUCAUUUCAGUGUCAGAGCUCGAGCACUGUCUUCUUUCCUUGCCCCUACGACCGCUGUCGCUACGACUUUGAUAUAUGGUCGAUUCCUUGAUUUGAAGUCGUUAUCCCAAAAAAAGAAAGCAUGGAUGGGAAUGAUCAUCUGGCUCGUACCUCAAAUCGCCGCAUUGGUGUGGGUUAACGUCAAGCAAUGGACUCUGCCCAAAUCCACCGCAUUUGAUUAUACAAUCGACUCGGGUCUCUGGGGUAGAGCAUACUUCUGCUACCUUGUCAUGUUCGCUUCGGGAUACUGGUGUCAGGUCUACCUCUAUUGGUGUCUCAGUACUUUCUCGACCGAUCUCAAAGCCUCUACGCGAACUGGAGGUUUGUUCAGAGCUUGCGAGUGUGUCGGCCAAACAGUCUCUUUCGCGAUUGGAUCCAACAAAGCUCGACUGUCAGCAUUGAUGGCGCUCAACGCAGCACUCAUUGUACCUGCUGUUAUCUCCCUAGCGGGACUGAUCUCGAUCAUCCCGGCCGCACCAGCUGCUGUGGACGAUAUGGUUGACACUGAGGUGCUUGAGCAAGUUGAUCAAAAGCAUGUGUAG